GCCAAUGAUGAAACCGGUGAUAGUGUGUUACUGUUAGUAACACGUUGUGUAUUUUUUACACGUUGUGUAUAAACUUUAUAAUAAAGUGCAGGCUGUUAGGAUUUUAAUUGUCAGCAUUUAAAAUAACAGGUAAAGUUCUUGCGCUCUCAGACUGGGGAAUCUGUUGGUGAUGGCUGACGAAGGCGUUAUAAAUGGACCAUCCGUUGGUGGAGGUGAUGACCAACCUGCUUCCCAGAUACCUGCUAAAAAAGCAAAAACGCCUGCACAAUUAAAAAAAGAGCAAGAAAAGAAAGAAAAGCUUGAAAAGUUUAAAGCUAAGCAAGCACAAAAAGAAGCGAAGAAGCCGGUUGAUGAGAAGGCUGCUGCAAAGGGAAAGGAGAAGAAGGAAAGGCAAGUGAUAACAUAUGAUGUACAAACACCGGCUGGAGAAAAGAAAGAUACGGCAUGCCCGAUGCCAGAUGCAUAUUCUCCUAAAUAUGUUGAAGCAUGUUGGUAUGAAUGGUGGGAGAAACUAGGCGUAUUCAAGCCCGAGUACAAUGCUCCUAAUGGGAAAUUGACAAUUCCUAACCCAAAAGGCAAAUUCAUGAUCUGUAUUCCACCUCCAAACGUGACUGGAACCCUGCAUCUUGGUCACGCACUCACUAAUGCAGUUGAGGAUACACUUGUACGAUGGCACCGGAUGCGCGGUGAGACGACCCUGUGGAACCCUGGGUGUGAUCACGCCGGCAUCGCGACGCAGGUCGUGGUCGAGAAGAAGCUGUGGAAGGAGCAGCAACUGACACGACACAACAUCGGUCGCGAGGCUUUCGUCGACAUGGCCUGGCAAUGGAAGAACGAAAAGGGAAGUAGGAUCUACGAUCAGCUCAAAACCCUUGGCUCAUCCUUGGACUGGGAUAGAGCCUGUUUUACCAUGGACCCUAAACUCUCGGAAGCGGUGAAGGAGGCGUUUGUGCGUCUGCAUGACGAUGGAGUAAUCUACAGGAGCAAUCGGCUAGUCAACUGGUCUUGUACUCUGAAGUCUGCAAUCUCUGAUAUUGAGGUCGACAAGCGGGAGCUCCCGGGGCGAACGCUGCUUCCUGUGCCCGGUUACAAUGCAAAGGUCGAGUUUGGCGUUCUCGUGUCGUUUGCUUACCCGGUCGUCGACGGCGACGAGGAAAUCGUCGUCGCUACGACGCGUAUCGAGACGAUGCUGGGUGAUACUGCUGUAGCCGUGCAUCCAACUGAUGACAGGUAUAAGCACCUGAAGGGCAAGUUCGUGCAGCAUCCGUUCUGCGACCGGAAACUGCCGAUAGUUGCUGACGCGUUUGUUGACAAGGACUUUGGUACAGGAGCUGUCAAGAUCACACCUGCGCAUGAUCACAACGACUAUGACGUAGGUAAACGCAACAACCUACCCUUCAUCACCAUCAUCGACGACGAGGGCAACAUCACCAAUGAAGGUGGACAGUUCAAGGGCAUGAAGCGGUUCGACGCGCGUGCAGCCGUGCUGCAGGCCCUGAAGGAGAGGGGCCUCUACAGGGACACAAAGGACAAUCCCAUGGUCGUGCCAAUCUGCAGUCGAUCGAAGGACAUCAUCGAGCCGCUGCUGAAGGCGCAGUGGUACGUCGACUGCUCCGACAUGGCCAAGCAGGCCGCAGACGCUGUUAGAAACAAGGAGCUCCUCAUUGUUCCCGACAUGCAUGAGAGGACCUGGUUCAACUGGCUUGACAACAUAAGGGAUUGGUGCAUCUCACGGCAGCUGUGGUGGGGACAUCGCAUCCCGUGCUACUUUGUCACUAUCGAUGACCAGGCUGUUCCGCCGGGAGAGGACAUCGAUAACAAGUACUGGGUGAGCGGCCGGACGCGAGAGGAGGCCCUCGAACGCGCUGUGGCGAGGUUUGGCGUUUCACCCGAGCAGGUGACGCUGCGGCAGGACGAGGAUGUGUUGGACACAUGGUUCUCCUCAGCAGUGUUCCCAUUCUCAAUCUUUGGAUGGCCGAACAAGACAGAGGAGUUGGAUGUGUUCUAUCCCGGAACUCUCCUGGAGACUGGGCAUGAUAUCCUGUUCUUCUGGGUGGCAAGAAUGGUCAUGUUUGGACAGAAGCUCAUGGGUUGUCUGCCGUUUAGGGAGGUGUACCUGCACGCGAUGGUGAGAGAUGCUCACGGCCGCAAGAUGAGCAAGUCUCUCGGCAACGUGAUUGACCCGGUCGACGUCAUCCACGGGAUCACGCUCGAGGGUUUGCACCGGCAGCUCGAGCAGGGCAACCUCGACCAGCGUGAGAUCGCGCGAGCCAAGGCGGGCCAGAAAGCGGAUUACCCCACUGGAAUCCCUGAGUGUGGAACAGAUGCAUUGCGAUUUGCCCUGCUGGCCUAUACGGCACAAGGGCGUGACAUCAACCUUGAUGUGAACCGUGUCCAGGGAUAUCGCUUCUUCUGCAACAAGCUGUGGAAUGCAACCAAGUUUGCACUGAUGUGCCUGGGUAGCGAUUACCAGCCGCUGCCCGAGGCCAGGCCCUUAGACGGUGAGCGGCCGAUGGAUCGCUGGAUUCUCAGCCGUCUCGCAGUGGCAAUCAACGCGUGCCACGUCGGCUUCACGACAUACGACUUCCCGGGCGUUACCACGGCGAUCUACAGCUUCUGGCUGUACGAUCUGUGCGACGUUUAUCUGGAGUACUUGAAGCCGGUGUUUCGCCAGGACGACCAGCAGAGGGUGGCAGCGUCGCGCAGCGUUCUCUACACGUGUCUCGACAUGGCGCUGCGUCUCAUCAGUCCGUUCAUGCCCUUCAUCUCGGAGGAGUUGUACCAGCGUCUGCCGCGACGCACGCCCAACUGCCCGCCGAGCAUAUGUGUCACUGCCUAUCCGGAACCAACGUCGUAUCCCGUGAGAGACGAGCGACUAGAGGAGAGUGUCGCCUUCACGCAGGACAUCAUUGGCAAGAUUCGCUCGCUGCGCAGCGACUACAUGCUCACACCCAAGCAGUCGGCUGAUGUGUUCCUGAAGUGCAGUGACAAGGAAACGAAGAGCAUAGUGGACCAGUUCUCCGAUCUCAUGCAGACACUGACUUCCUCUCACCAGGUGGCGACAAUGGUUGACGAACAGCCACCAGAGGGUUGCGCCAUCGUCACCGUUUCGCACCGUUGUGUCGUCCACUUGUUACUGAAGGGUCUCAUAGAUCCGUUGAAGGAGUCAGCAAAGCUGGAUGACAAGAAGGGCAAACUGUCUGCGCAGCUUCAGAAGAUGCAGCGUAACACACAGUUGCCCGACUACGCUGCUAAGGUUCCAGAGGAUGUGCGGAGGGCCAACACUGACAAGAUGGAGCAGAUUGAAGGAGAAAUACAGAAGCUGGUGGAAGCACUUGAGACUAUUGCUAAGAUGCAGUAACAGGAUUGCUGUGCCAAUCAGUCGUUGCUAGGGCGGCAUGCUCUGAACCUCCUGCAAUACAUGUAUUCUCAGAAGCAAUUGUGAAUUGAAAAAAUAUUGUAUAUCUGUCGAACAACUUCCACUUUAACUUUUGCUGUUACUAAUUUAUUGGCUAUGAUAAUUCACUCGCAUGGAAUUGUUUUUGCAUGCUGUAAUUAAAUGUGGAGGCCUAACAGUACUGUUCAGUUCAAGUUAAAAUCUGAUGACAUUCAAUGCGAACAUUAUGCAUACUGAAAUUUGUGCGCUUUAUACAUUACAUGUUAUAACUUGUAGUUAUAUACACUGAGAUUGCUUUCAUUGCUAAUAACACUAACUUGGAAAUUCUGUUAUGGAAGGCGGAGCAGGUGGAAUUAUAUUUAUUAAAAUAAACGUCGGUGGCAUAUAUA